AUGGCAAUGAUGACGUCGCAGUAUUCUGGAAAUCAGGCCUCCGGUGACCAUAACAACAACAAUUUGUCGUCAUCGGAGAGCGGUGUCGAACUGAAAUCCCUUCUAUCACUAAUCGAUAACGUCUACGAAAUGUCUCCGCCCACUUCGGAUAAUCAAGUGAACACCGACUCGGAAUCGUGUUUCCAAUCGAGAUUCAAAAUGUCACGUAUCCCGCCGUCCGGCGAGUUCUCGAUUCCCGGCUAUGUAACAAUGUCGGAGACUCUUCUGGUUCCUGUCAAAAAAUAUCCAAAAUAUAAUUUCGUCGGUCGCAUUUUGGGUCCACGUGGAAUGACUGUCAAACAGUUGGAAAAGGAGACCGGAUGCAAGAUUUUCGUCAGGGGACGCGCUAGCAGUUUGGCGGCGAACCCAGUCGCAAAAUCGAAAAAUCGUCAAUCCGGACCCAACAACUACAAUCCCCUCCUGAAUCCGAAUCAAUGCGCGAAGCCGUCUCUAUCGAAUAUCUCAAAGUGUGCACUGACUGAGGAGCCACUUCACGUUUUCAUUGAAUGCUACAACACUCCAUCGGUUGCCGAGCAGAAAAUGAUUGAGGCUGUUGAGAUUCUGCAAGAUUUGUUGUCGCCACCGGUAGACGGCAAAGAUGAGUUGAAACGUCAACAAUUGGUGGAUAUAUCGCUGAUUAAUGGCACUUAUCGUGCAACAAGUGCGUCUAACGAUUACGUUCGGCAAUUCAACCGUUCCCAGUGGCGUCAUACUGUAGAUCCGACAUCGAAUCCGAGCAACGAUUUGGAUCUUCAAUCGAUGGAUGAAUGUGAUUCUGGAAAUUCUGCAAGUUCUGGAAAUCAUCAUUAUCACGGUGGAUUGGGAGGAAACGGAGAUAUUGGCGCAGUUUAUGGAAUCCCCCAACAACGUCGUGUCUGGCAGAAGCCACGUGGACCUGACACCUCUUCUGAUGAAUACGCCAAAUCGGUGUCUUCUCGCGAGUUUGUCAGCGAAAUUGUGUGUAAGACUAAGAGAUCUCCUGUCAAAAACCAGUCAAACGACUCGUUGUACCAACUUCCAGAAUCGGUCGUCUCGGAAACAAUGAAAGUGGCCAAGAAUCUUCUCGCCUCCCACAAAAACUUGACAUUCGACCGAAACGCCGAGAAGCAACGUGUCCAACAGAAGACUCCCCAAUACUACUCCCAGACGCCGGCUCCCUUCCAAUACGGUACCGGAGACCACGCCCCCCAACUGCCUGAUUUCUCAGUUCCCCCACCACCACUGAUGACUCCACAACCACUUAUUGCACCCACUUCAUCGUACAAUCAACAGUAUCCCCAACAGAUGGACACUUAUCAAAUGUGCUACUAUUAUCCACCACAAAACUACCCAUCAACUUCCAGUUCUUACCCGUCAACCUCUAAUUCGUAUCCCUCCGCCUCCAAUUCUUAUCUUUAUUAA